AUGGUUCGCCGAAAACGAGGUCAAUAUGACAUGCGAAAGCCUCUGGAGACUCUGUCAGGCAAAGCCCGAUUUGGUUGUUCGUUUCCAUGCAUGGUUCGACAUGUUCACUGGGACACAGGGAUUGUUCCAAAUGGGAACCUCCAUGGGGCGCCGAUUGAAUGGUGGAAGGCCCUUACCGAGGGAACGGACCGUUUUCACACUCCCAGCCCUUCGCUAUCUAUGACGACACGAUUCAUGAACGAUAGCGAAGAGGUCGAAGACGGGAGUGAUUUUGAAGACGACGUGGAUAUAGAAAACAACCAAGAGGAGUAUCACUAUCAGGACGACAGCGACGGAUACUUUGAUCUAGAAAGUUCCGUGGAUGCUACGGGAAUUGCUAUCUCGAAUGGAGCAGCGGUUCCAAGACAUAGUGACACAGAAGUGGUGACGGCGCCUCUCUUCACCCUUUUACCAAAGAAACCGAGGCAAAUGAAGAUAUUGUAA